UUUGUGAGUAAGUGAAACUCAGACAGUCGUCGUUACCGAGAGGUGAAAUGGCGCAGCAAAGAAAUGAGCUGCAGCGAAAGCGAUUCUGCUGUUCCAUCUGUUUGGACCUUCUGAAUGAUCCAGGGACUCUUCUCUGUGGACACAGCUACUGUAUGAACUGUAUCAAAAGCCACUGGGACAAAGAGGAUGAGAGGAGGAUCUACAGCUGCCCUCAGUGUAGAAAGAUCUUCACACCGAGGCCUGAACUGAUGAAAAGCACCAUGUUAGCAGAUUUAGUGGAGGAGCUGAAGAAGACUGGACUCCACGCUGCUCCUGCUGAUCACUGCUAUGCUGGAGCUGAAGAUGUGGCCUGUGAUUUCUGCACUGGGAGGAAACAUAAAGCUCUCAAGUCCUGUUUGGUUUGUUUGGCCUCUUACUGUGAGGAACAUCUCCAGCCUCAUCAUCAAUCACCUGCAUUUAAGAAACACAAGCUGGUAGAGCCGUCCAAGAACCUCCAGGAGAACAUCUGCCCUCGCCACGAUGAGGUGAUGAAGAUGUUCUGCCGCACUGAUCAGCAGUGUAUCUGUAAUCUCUGCUCUGUGGACGAACAUAAAGACCACGACAUGGUCUCAGCUGCAGCAGAGUGGACACAGAAGCAGAGAGAGCUGGAUCUGAGUCGAGAAGAAAUCCAGCAGAGAGUCCAGGACAUAGACAGAGACGUGAAGGUGCUUCAACAGGAGGUGGAGGCUCUCACUCUCUCUGCUGAUAAAGCCGUGAAGGACACUGAGAAGACAUUCACUGAGAUGAUGCUUCUCCUGCAGAAAAGAAGCUCUGACGUGAAGCAGCAGAUCAGAUCCCAGCAGGAAACUGAAGUGAGUCGAGUCAAAGAUCUUCAGGAGAAGCUUCAGCAGGAGCUCACUGAGCUGAACAAGAGAGAAGCUGAACUGAAGCAGCUCUCACUCACACACGACCACAACCAGUUUCUCCUCAACUACCGCUCACUUUCAGCACUCAGUCCAUCGACACACUCGUCCACCGUCGACGUCCGUCCUCUGAGACACUUUGAGGACGUGACAGUGGCUGUGGCAGAGGUCAAAGGUCAAAUACAGGACGUCCUGACCAAGACGUGGACAAACAUCUCACUGGCUGUGACUCGAGGCGAUGUUUUACUGACAGAUCCAGAACCAGAACCAAAGACCAGAGCUGAAUUCCUCAGAUAUUCACAGGAAAUCACACUGGAUCCAAACACAGCUCACACACAGCUGUUAUUAUCUGAGGGAAACAGGAAAGUGACAUUUAUGGGGAACGAUCAUCCUUAUCCUCGUCACACAGACAGAUUCACUGAUGUGUGUCAGGUCCUGAGUAAAGAGAGUCUGCAUGGACGCUGUUACUGGGAGGUGGAGCGGAGAGGAGGAGGAGUUUCUGUAGCAGUGACUUACAAGAACAUCAGCAGUAUCAACACUGAAGUCUCAGAUGGUUUGUCCUCCAGAGUCGGAGUUUACCUGGACCACAGAGCAGGUCUGUCCUUCUACAGCGUCUCUGACACCAUGACUCUGCUCCACAGAGUCCAGACCACGUUCACUCAGCCUCUCUAUGCUGGAGUCAGGCUUUUUUAUGAUUAUGGAUCCACAGCUGAGUUCUGUAAACUCAAAUAACCUUGAGUUAUGUAAGAAGAAGUGAGUUAAAGGUGUAGAACACAACUUUCAAAGGUAAACAAAUGUCUUUUGGAUUCAAACCACUGUCAAACUCGCUGAUGAAGUCUGUCAGGUCCACACGACUCUCUCUCUCUCUGUGUUUCUCUGCACCAAAGUCCAUAGAGAAAAUCUGUGAUUUUAACAUCACAGCACACAGGAGUCAUUGAUCCACUGCUGCCUCCAUCACUGAGUUCAAAUGUCUUAUUUUGUCACUUCAGUGUUUGAAAUCCUUUGUUCAGACAUUUGCAAAGUAUCAGAUGCUUUGAAGUGUGGUGAUGAAGAGAGGUUAUGGGAAUAUUUGUGUUCUAAGACGGCUAAAUGUGCUGGAAUUAUGGGUAAAAGUGGGUUUUUCUUCAUUUGUAAAUAUCUACAUAUUAUAUAAUUAUAUAUAUAUUAUAUAUAUAUAUAGUGUAGACUUAUAUUGACAUAUCUCAGUUUUUGUGAAGACGUCUGGGCUAACGCGUACAAGAGCUCAUUA